AUGGUGGUGGUUGUUUCAGCUAAUGUGUAUCACGCCUACCAUGUGGUACAUUCGUUAGGCAUUCCCGAUGAAAAUAUCAUACUGUUCCAUUAUAAUGAUCUCGUUUAUAAUUCCGUGAAUCCGACUCCCGGCUCAAUGUUUAGCAAUUUAUUGCCAAAUGAUAUGAACGUAUACGCGGUGACGGCUGCCGGGCCCACUGAGAGCAGUUAUUUCUGUGGUCACGAUUCAAUAUAUAAAACUAACCUAGGUUCGUUAUUCAGCAACUUUUGGAUAUUGAACCUAGACACUUUCGAUUUAAAUAGUCAAACAUUGGACGAUCAAUACGAGUACAUACGAUACAAAUCGUAUAAGACUGGCUCCAAAAAACAGACUACCGAGUCAACAUCACGUUACAUAUCUAAACCGUAG